UGACACACUUUAAAAGUCAUAAAAUGACAGUUACGCCAUUGCCAAAAAUUUGAAUAAAUAAAAACAUAGAUGUAAAUGUGAUAUAUACUUCUGAGAAGAAAUAAUUUGAUUAUAAGUUGAAAGUUUAUAUGUGAAAAUUAAUAAAAUGCCUGCAUCAAUAGGCGUGAACCUGCGUGUUACAGGACAUUGCCGCCAAGGUGGUAGAAAAUACAUGGAAGACUUUUUUUCAGUAGCAUAUCAACAAACAGAAGAUGAAAAGGAUUUGGAAUAUGCAUUUUUUGGUAUAUAUGACGGUCACGGAGGGGCAGAAGCGGCUGCUUUUGCCAAAGAUCACUUAAUGGAAACUAUUAUAAAACAUAAGAACUUUUGGUCUGAUUAUGAUGAAGAUGUGUUACGAGCGAUCAAAGAUGGUUAUAUUGCAACACACUAUGCUAUGUGGAGAGAGCAAGAAAAGUGGCCCCGUACAGCUUCUGGUCUGCCCAGUACUGCAGGAACAACUGCAAGUGUAGCAUUCAUAAGACGUGGUAAAAUUUAUAUCGGACAUGUUGGAGAUUCUGGUAUCAUUCUUGGAUAUCAAGACCCAGACACACUUGGAUGGAAAGCAAAAGCUCUCACUAGAGACCAUAAACCUGAAAAUGAUGAUGAAAUGGCUCGUAUCAACAGUUGUGGAGGAAAAGUAGUGUCAAAAUCUGGUGUUCCUAGAGUGGUUUGGAAUAGGCCGAAAAUUGGUCAUAGAGGACCUGUUCGUCGCUCUACUCCAAUAGAUGAAAUUCCAUUUUUAGCAGUUGCUAGAAGCCUAGGGGAUCUAUGGUCAUACAACUACCAAAGCAACAGAUUUAUCGUUUCACCAGAUCCUGAUUGCACAGUGCUCAAAAUUGAUACCAACAUUCAUCGCUGUCUCAUAUUUGGCACUGAUGGACUAUACAACAUGCUCAGCCCAUCAAUGGCGGUACACAUUGUUCAGCAAGUAGAAAGACAUAAUGAAAAUGCUGCUCUCAGUGACUCCACAUAUAAAACUUGGUUGAAUCCUAGCAAACUGUUGGUAGAAAGAGCACUUGAAAGGUGGCAUGCCACGAAAAUGAGGGCGGAUAAUACAUCAGUAGUUACUUUGAUGCUGGAUCCACCAGGUCCGCCUAGAGCACAGGUUUUGAAAGAUCGCAAAAAGAGUUUACCAGAUACAGGAUUGAAAAUAAUGACUAGGUUUUAUGGAGAAAACUCGUCUCAGGAAAAAAACAAUCCCCCUAAUUGUGAUAACACACCAAGUGAAGAACCUAACCAAGCAACCUCUCAAACAAUUCUUGAAACUGUUCCUGAACCUGAACAAACACCAUCCGUACCUGCCGAACCUACCCCUAUUCCUGAAAAUGUAGAGAAUAAUGAAGACCAAAAUCUCUAUCCGACGGUGUUAUCAGAAAGUAUGCCCGUCUCCUCAAGUGACCUUACAGUAAAUUUUCCUUUGAAAGAGAGAAACUUUUCAACAAAAUCCAGGGAGAGCACCAGCUUUGAUCCAAGAGAACCUCUGCCCCUGAAUUUGGGUUCCGAUAAUGAAAAAGAAAAUGUUAAAUCUGUUGACAGUAAUGAUAACACUAUUCAAUGUAAUGAAGUAUCUUCGAGCAAUAUCGAAGUUGACAAUACUUGUAAUGAUGAAGAACCCAUUCUUGAAAGAUCUGUGACAACUUCGAAACACAAUCUGCGUAGUGGUAAAAAAGGAAAAUGUAAUUUAUCGGUUCCUUCAAAAAGUCCAAUGGCGGAGGAGACAGAAAAAAAAUUAAAAACACCUAAAAGGAAAUUGGAGGAAGACCAAAGUGCAUCUCAGCCAAGAAAGAGUCUUAGACUAGAUAGUACCAAAAAAAAGACCGAAGAGAAAGUUGAGAAGGAAAGAAAAGCUUUCGAAGCUGAAGAAAAAUUGAAAAAGCUAGCUGAAAGGGCUUACCUUGUUAAAAGUGAACCUAGAAACAUAAAUCCCAAACCAAGUCUUGCCCAAAAGAUCUUAAAAGUCAAAAAUAUUGCUCUAAAAAAGAAAAAUCGUGUUUUGAAUAAACCAGUCACCAAAAAAAAGAUUCAGAUAGUACUUAAAAAAAUGAAGAAAUCUGCAGUGUUGAAAACAAAGCCGGUGGUGCCAAAAGUAGAAGGCAAAAAGAAAGGAAAAGUUUUGGUACCUGCUAAAUCAUCAGAAACUUUAAAUCGCAGGAAUUCAAAUAGGAAUGUAUCUCAGCGUCAAAGGCAAACUGUAACAAAGAAAAUAGGUAAGAAAAUGGAUAAUGAAGUUGUCAAAAAUAAAAGUGAAGGAAAACACGUAAAAAUCAAAAGUAAGGAUAAAAUCACGAGGAGCAAUAUGAAAGAAACUUCAACAAGUAAAGAACGAAAUGGAAUUGAAAAAGUUGAAGACCGUUCUUCAAUUUCACCAAAGACAUUGAAUAUAAAAAAAUCGGUCAGACACAGCGCUAUUAUAGAUACUGCUUCCCAGAAGGGAAAACCAACAAAAGUAAAGACAAAGGUAGAAAAAAACUUUCCGGCUAAAAACUUGAGAAUACGUUUACAACAGAAAACAGAAAAUUUAAAAAAGAAUGUUAUGCGUAAGAAGUAAGAAUGUGUUACGGUAAUGAAAAACUGAAGAACUGAAAAAAAAACUAUCAUUUUUUAUGUAAUUUCAUUUUGAGAUAUUUUGGUGGUAUAUUUGCUGCAUAUUGAAUUUUUUCGAUUUUCAUUGAAUGGUUUGUUGAACAUUAUUGAAAUUAUUUGUUUUGAAACAGUGUAGUAUUAAGUUAGAAUUUUUUGAAGGUUGUCGGCAUUAUUUCAUGUUUACUAUGUAAAGUAUUUCUUUUAUUGAUACUUUGCUUCGUAGUCAUCAUACGAUUGUACCUUGAAUUUUUUGUGUUGAUUUCUUUUUAAUUUGGUAAUUUCUUGUACCAAUUUUGUUUAUAGCUUAUUUUAAAUAUCAAUUUCGGGAUUUUCAAUAAAACACAUUUACAUUUCUAACUUUUUAAAUUCUUUCAACACUGAAAAUUUUAAUCAAAAGCUCUCAUGUGAGACAUUGAUUUUUUCAAAUGUUAUCAGUAUUAUUGAAAAUCCUCAUAAGAAGCAUUAUUUAUAAUCAUACGUUUUACACAUUUAAUUUUAAGUUGUGUGGUUACAACAAAAAUUUUGUGCCUUUGUUACCAAAAAUAUUGAGAAAUGUUACAUAUGUACACUUGGGCAAAUGAAAUAUAUUUAUAAGAAAUUUAUUAUUUUCUCAAAAUACAAUUUAUAGUUAUUAAA